AUGUCUGAAGAUAAAACCCAGAUCAAGAUCAACUUCUUCACCAAAGAAGAUGAUGAGUCCAUAAAAGUCUCGGACGCUCCUUUGUAUGUGCCCGUUUCCUUAAAAAGAUACGGUUUGUCCGAAGUUGUCAACCAUUUAUUAGGCAAUGCUGGCGAAGAUGAAGAUUCCAAGCCAAUUCCUUUCGAUUUCCUUAUAGACGGAGCAUUGUUGAGAACAUCCCUCCAAGACUACUUGACCAAGAAUGGUUUGUCCAACGAAGCUUACCUCAGCUUGGAGUACACCAGAGCCGUCUUGCCUCCAUCAUUCUUAGCAUCGUUCAAUAAUGAAGACUGGAUCUCGAGUUUAGCCACUAUCAACAGCACUUCCAAGGCCGUCACCACAUCCAACUUGACUCUCAGCGCCGCAAAAAUUUUAUCAGGGAGCUACGAUGGUAUUGUAAGAACCUACAACAUGUCAGGAGCCGUCGAAAAGCAAUACGUGGGCCACUCCGGACCAAUAAGAUCAGUCAAGUGGGUAUCACCUACCAGAAUCGUUUCUGCUGGUAAUGACAGACAAGUGAGAUUGUGGAAGGCUUCCAACGGCGAUGUAAUUGAUGAAACAGAUGAGGAAGAACCUGAAGAUGGUAAGACCUUGGCCAUUUUGGAAGCACACAAAGCCCCAGUUGUCUCGUUGGACAUCGAACAAACAACCAGCAGAAUUUUGUCUGCUUCCUACGAUCAUACUGUUGGCUUCUGGUCCACCAACUACAAAGAAAUGACCGCCAUACAGCCAUUAGAAUAUGACUCCAACGUGUUGUCCACCUCCUCCAAGAAGAGAAGAAAGAUGGCAUUGCAAGACGCCUCUAUCAGACGUCGUUCUCCAUUGGCUAUUUUGGAGGGCCACUCUCAGCCCGUGGAGGCCGUUAUAUUCGACCAAAAGGAUGCCACUGUGGGGUACUCGGUAUCACAGGAUCAUACAAUCAAGACCUGGGACUUGGUUACCUCUCGUUGUAUCGAUACCAGAACCACUGGCUACUCGUUGUUGAGUCUUUUACAGCUUCCAACCAAGCACUUGUUGGUAAGUGGAUCUUCAGCCCGUCAUAUCAAUCUCCAUGAUCCAAGAGUCGAUGCUAGCACCGAACAAACCAGUGCCAAGUUGAUAGGCCACACCAACUUCGUGGUGGGAUUAUCUGCUUCUCCAAGCAACGAAAACAUGUUUGCAUCUGCCUCGCACGACGGUACCGUCAAGGUAUGGGAUGUGAGGGCUGACAAGUCAUUGUACACUAUCACCAGACAGCUGGAGGCUGAAAAGGGAAAGGACAAGGUGUUUGACGUGUGUUGGGAUAGCCAGAUUGGAAUUGUCAGUGGUGGUGAGGACAAGAAGAUCCAGAUCAACCAGAAUGUGAGCAAGUAAGUUAGAAAAAGAGAGAAGUGUGGUGCACACACUUCAGCACUCGGGAACGUAGAGAUGUAUGGGACAAAGUGCUCCUCAGGAGCUACGUACCAUGGUAGAUGCCACUAGAUCUGUAUAUUAAUAAAUGC